AAUUAAUCUUUUAUUAGAAAUAAAUAUUUAAAAAAUUUAAAUAACUUGUGGCUAAUAAAUAAAAUUAGAAGUGCUUUAAAAAAAAAAACAAGAAUUUGUAAAAAUUUCAAUUUUCCUAUUUGUAAGAAAAUAAAGAUCAUAGGACUACGUCAUCGUAAAAAUAUUUCUCGACCUUAGGCAGCCAUUUUAAAAUUUUCAAAAAAAAAAAAAAUCAAUACUUUAAUAGUAAUACAUAAAAAAUUCAACUCAAAGGAAACAACACGGCAACUCAAAUUUAUUUUAAGAAAUUAUAAAUCGAACCAGGAAGACAGGGAAGGGUAUAAAUUUGAUCAAAAGUAAAAGUGAAAAAACAUACAAAAUGGAACAGUUCACACCAAAAGAAGUGAAAAUACUUGAAACAGUUGAAGAUAUCCAAGAAAGACGUGAACAAGUUUUGUCACGCUACAAUGAAUUCAAAAUUGAAACACGACAAAAACGUGAAAAACUUGAAGAUUCCCGACGUUUCCAAUAUUUUAAAAGGGAUGCAGAUGAACUUGAAAAUUGGAUUAAUGAAAAAUUGCAAGCGGCUAGUGAAGAAAGUUAUCGCGACCCAACAAAUUUGCAAGCUAAAAUUCAAAAGCAUCAAGCAUUUGAAGCAGAGGUGUCAGCUCACAGUAAUGCAAUAGUUGCUUUAGAUAAUACUGGACAAGAAAUGAUAAAUCAAGGUCACUUUGCUUCUGAAACUAUCCAACGUCGUUUAGAUGAAUUACAUCGUUUAUGGGAGUUGUUAUUACGUCGUUUGGCUGAAAAAGGUCAAAAGCUUCAACAAGCUCUUGUUUUAGUCCAAUUUCUUCGUCACUGCGAAGAGGUUAUGUUUUGGAUUAAAGACAAAGAAGCUUUUGUAACUGCUGAUGAAUUCGGUCAGGAUCUUGAGCAUGUAGAAGUUUUACAACGGAAAUUCGACGAAUUUCAAAAGGAUAUGGCUUCCCAAGAAUAUCGUGUUACAGAAGUAAAUCAGUUGGCUGAUAAAUUAUUACAAGAUGGCCACCCCGAGCGCGAUACAAUAACCAAAAAAAAGGACGAGUUGAAUGAAGCAUGGCAAAGAUUGAAGCAGCUUGCAAUCGUUCGCCAAGAAAAGUUGUUUGGUGCACAUGAAAUUCAACGAUUUAAUAGAGAUGCAGAUGAGACCGUUGCGUGGAUAUCAGAAAAAGAUGUGGUUUUAUCUUCAGAUGAUUAUGGUCGGGAUUUAGCAAGUGUUCAAGCUUUGCAACGCAAGCAUGAAGGUGUUGAGCGGGAUCUUGCAGCUUUAGAAGAUAAAGUUUCAACAUUGGGCGCUGAAGCUCAACGUCUAUGCUCCAUUCAUGCUGAUCAUAGUGAUCAAAUUCGAGAUAAACAAGCUGAGAUAGCAAAUUAUUGGCAAUCUCUAACAACUAAAGCAAAAGAACGCAAACAAAAACUUGAUGAGUCCUAUUUUCUACACAGAUUCCUCGCCGAUUUUCGUGAUUUGGUAUCAUGGAUAAAUGGUAUGAAAGCCAUUAUAUCCGCUGAUGAGCUAGCUAAAGAUGUUGCUGGAGCAGAAGCCUUGCUUGAAAGACAUCAAGAACAUAAAGGGGAAAUUGACGCUAGAGAGGACAGUUUUAAAUUAACUACUGAAGCUGGACGCAAGCUUUUGGAUCGUGAGCAUUACGCUGCUGCGGAAAUUCAAGAAAAACUUGCGGCUUUAGAAAAUGAUAAAAGCUCAUUAUUAUCAUUGUGGGAGGACCGUAGGAUCUUAUAUGAGCAAUGUAUGGAUUUGCAAUUAUUUUACCGUGAUACCGAACAAGCUGAUACCUGGAUGGCAAAACAAGAAGCCUUUUUGGCUAAUGAAGAUUUGGGUGAUUCACUUGACUCUGUAGAGGCUUUAAUAAAAAAACAUGAGGAUUUUGAAAAAAGUUUGGCAGCCCAAGAAGAAAAGAUCAAAGCUCUUGAUAUAUUUGCCACGAAAUUGAUUGAUGGGCAACAUUAUGCUGCUGAUGAUGUCGCCCAGCGCCGUCAAAUGUUAUUGGCACGUCGUUCUGCGUUGCAGGAAAAAUCUGCCGCUCGCCGCCAGCUUCUGGAAGAUUCAAACCGAUAUCAACAAUUUGAACGGGAUUGUGAUGAAACCAAAGGGUGGAUCAGUGAAAAACUCAAAUUUGCUACUGACGAUAGUUAUUUAGAUCCAACAAAUUUAAACGGAAAAAUGCAAAAACAUCAAAACUUUGAACACGAACUUAAUGCUAACAAAUCAAGAAUAGAGGACAUUACUACAGUUGGAACUGAAUUAAUUAAUAAACAACAUUAUGCUUCGGAUCAAAUUAAUACUCGCAUGCAGGAAAUAGUAGUUUUAUGGGAAACCUUAGUUCAAGCAUCAGAUAAAAAAGGUUGCAAACUUCAAGAAGCAUCUCAACAGCAACAAUUUAAUCGGACAAUUGAAGAUAUUGAAUUAUGGUUAAGUGAAAUCGAAGGACAAUUGCUUUCAGAAGAUCAUGGAAAGGACUUGACAUCUGUUCAAAAUUUGCAGAAAAAACAUGCCCUAUUGGAAGCCGAUGUUAUGGCACAUCAAGAUAGAAUUGAAGGUAUAAAUGUGGCUGCGAACAAAUUUAUUGAAUCCGGCCAUUUUGACGCAGAUAACAUUCGCAAUAAGGAACACAACUUAUCUACUAGGUAUGCCGCCUUAGCAACGCCUAUGGCUGCACGUAAACAACGUUUGUCAGAUUCAUUACAUGUGCAACAACUUUUCCGUGAUCUGGAAGACGAAGCCGCAUGGAUUCGUGAAAAGGAACCAAUCGCUACUUCAACUAAUAGAGGUCGAGAUUUAAUUGGGGUUCAAAAUUUAAUUAAAAAACAUCAAGCUGUUUUGGCCGAAAUUAAUAAUCACGAACCCCGUCUUAUCAAUGUAAUUCAAGCCGGAGAACAGAUGAUUAAAGAUCAACCAUAUGCGAGUGAAGAAAUAAAACAGAGAGUUGAUGCCCUUAGGGAUCAAUGGAAUGCAUUAAAAGAAAAAACUCUUCAAAGAAAACAAGAUCUUGACGAUUCAUUACAAGCUCAUCAAUAUUUUGCAGACGCUAAUGAGGCUGAGUCAUGGAUGCGCGAAAAGGAACCGAUAGUUUCGAGCGUUGAUUAUGGAAAAGAUGAAGAUUCUUCCGAAGCUUUAUUGAAAAAACAUGAAGCAUUAGUUUCUGAUUUAGAAGCUUUUGGAAAUACAAUACAAGCACUGCAAGAACAGGCGAAAAAUUGUCGGCAACAAGAAACACCAGUGGUUGACAUUACCGGCAAAGAAUGCGUGGUUGCUUUGUAUGAUUAUACUGAAAAAUCUCCUCGAGAGGUUUCUAUGAAAAAAGGUGAUGUUUUAACUCUUUUGAACUCAAAUAACAAGGAUUGGUGGAAAGUUGAAGUUAAUGAUCGGCAAGGCUUUGUUCCAGCUGCGUACAUCAAAAAAAUUGAGGCUGGGCUUAGCGCUAGCCAGCAAAAUUUGGUUGAUGGGCAUUCUAUUUCAAAACGUCAAAGUCAAAUAAAUUCCCAAUAUGACAAUUUGUUAGCUUUAGCCCGUGAACGUCAAAAUAAACUGAAUGAGACGGUCAAAGCAUACGUUUUGGUGCGCGAGGCAGCUGAUUUGGCUGCGUGGAUAAAAGAUAAAGAAACGCACGCUCAAGUUGUUGAUGUCGGUGAAGAUUUGGAAGAAGUUGAAGUUCUGCAGAAAAAAUUCGACGAUUUCAAUGGAGAUUUGAAAGCAAAUGAAGUUCGUUUGGCCAAUAUGAAUGAAAUUGCAGUUCAAUUAACUUCUUUAGGUCAAACAGAAGCUGCAUUGAAAAUUCAAACACAAAUGCAUGAUUUAAAUGAGAAAUGGACCAAUUUGAAACAAUUAACAACUGAAAAAGCAGCUCAGUUAGGUUCUGCACAUGAAGUUCAGCGUUUUCAUCGAGACAUUGAUGAAACAAAAGAUUGGAUAGCUGAAAAGGAAAACGCUUUGAAUAAUGAUGAUUUAGGUAAAGACCUAAGAUCCGUCCAAACACUCCAAAGAAAACAUGAAGGGAUUGAGAGAGACUUAGCUGCUUUAAGAGAUAAAAUAAAACAACUUGAUGAUACUGCUAAUCGCCUAAUGCAAUCCCAUCCUGAUACUGCUGAACAAACUUACACCAAACAAAAGGAGAUCAAUGAAAUGUGGGAUCAAAUUAUCACAAAAGCAACGGCACGCAAGGAAAAAUUAUUAGAUUCGUAUGAUCUUCAAAGAUUUUUGAGCGAUUAUCGAGAUCUUUUGGCAUGGAUUAAUUCUAUGAUGGGCCUUGUCACUUCCGAAGAAUUGGCCAAUGAUGUUACUGGCGCAGAAGCGCUUAUUGAACGUCAUCAGACUCAACGUGCUGAAAUUGAAUUCAUUUGCGGGCAAAAUAAUAGUUUACCAGAGGAGCAUCGUACUGAAAUUGAUGCUCGAGCUAGUACCUUUGCUGCUUUUGAACAGUUUGGUAAUGAGUUACUUCAGGCAAACCACUAUGCGUCAAAUGACAUCAAAAACAAAAUUGAUGAUUUGGCCAAAGCACGUGAAGAACUUGAAAAAGCUUGGACCGAGCGGCGAUUGCAAUUAGAACAAAAUCUAGACCUACAGCUUUACAUGCGUGAUUGCGAACAAGCUGAAAAUUGGAUGUCGGCUAGAGAAGCAUUCGUUACUGCCGAUGAAGUUGAUUCAAAAGGCGAUAACGUUGAAGCUCUUAUUAAAAAACAUGAAGAUUUUGAUAAAGCCAUUAAUGGUCAUGAAGAAAAAAUUGCUGCUUUGCAAGUAUUAGCUGAUACACUGAUUGUGCAAAAUCACUAUGCAAGUAACUUAAUUGAUGACAAACGUAAAGAAGUACUUGAUAGAUGGCGUCAUUUGAAAGAAGGUUUAAUUGAAAAACGAUCACGGUUGGGAGAUGAACAAACCUUACAACAAUUUUCGAGGGAUGCCGACGAAAUCGAAAAUUGGAUAGCUGAAAAAUUACAGCUGGCUACGGAAGAAAGCUAUAAGGAUCCGGCCAAUAUUCAAUCUAAACAUCAAAAACAUCAGGCAUUCGAAGCUGAGUUGGCAGCAAAUGCUGAUAGAAUUCAAAGUGUUUUAGCUAUGGGUGGUAACUUAAUUGAUAAAAAGCAGUGUAGUGGCUCUGAAGAUGCAGUGCAAAAACGGUUAACACAAAUUGCUGACCAGUGGGAAUACUUAACUCAAAAAACUACCGAAAAAUCUUUGAAAUUAAAAGAAGCUAAUAAACAAAGGACAUAUAUCGCUGCUGUUAAAGAUUUAGAUUUUUGGUUGGGUGAAGUUGAAAGCCUUUUAACCACAGAAGAUUCAGGAAAAGAUUUAGCUUCAGUCCAAAAUUUAAUGAAAAAACAUCAGUUGGUUGAAGCAGAUAUUCAAGCUCAUGAAGAUCGUAUUAAAGAUAUGAAUAAUCAAGCUGAUUCUUUAGUAGAUAGUGGUCAGUUUGACAGCGCUGGUAUUCAGGAGAAGAGACAGUCAAUAAAUGAACGUUAUCAACGUGUUUGCAAUUUGGCUGCACAUCGUCAAGCUCGUUUGAAUGAAGCAUUAACCUUGCAUCAAUUCUUCCGCGAUAUUGCUGAUGAAGAAAGUUGGAUUAAAGAAAAGAAACUUUUAGUUGGAUCCGAUGAUUACGGAAGAGACUUGACUGGUGUCCAAAAUUUGAAGAAAAAGCAUAAGCGUUUAGAAGCUGAGUUAGGUUCUCAUGAACCAGCUAUACAAGCAGUUCAAGAAGCUGGAGAGAAAUUAAUGGAUGUUUCUAAUUUAGGUGUGCCAGAAAUUGAGCAGCGACUUAAGGCGCUUAAUCAAUCCUGGGCUGAAUUGAAGAAUUUAGCAGCUACUCGUGGACAGAAGCUGGAUGAAUCUUUGACAUACCAACAAUUUUUGGCUCAAGUUGAGGAAGAAGAAGCUUGGAUAACUGAAAAACAACAAUUAUUGUCUGUCGAUGAUUAUGGUGAUUCUAUGGCUGCAGUCCAAGGCUUGCUUAAAAAACAUGACGCAUUUGAAACCGAUUUUGCAGCCCAUCGUGAUCGUUGUUCAUUAAUAUGUGAUCAAGGUUCUCAAUUAGUUGAAGCAAAGAACCAUCAUGGUGAUUCGAUUGCACAACGGUGUCAGCAAUUGAGAAAUAAAUUAGAAAAUCUUAAUGCUUUAGCAGCACGAAGAAAGGGUGCAUUAUUAGACAAUUCAGCUUAUUUGCAAUUCAUGUGGAAAGCUGAUGUGGUCGAAAGUUGGAUUGCUGAAAAAGAAAAUUAUGUAAGAUCUGAAGAAUAUGGCAGGGACUUGUCAACUGUUCAAACGUUGUUAACAAAACAAGAGACAUUUGAUGCCAGUCUUGCUGGUUUUGAACAAGAGGGUAUUCAUAAUAUAACAGCACUUAAAGAUCAAUUAAUAAACGCUAAUCAUGCACAAUCACCCGCAAUAUUGAAACGGCAUGAAGAUGUUUUAACCCGAUGGCAAAAGUUACGUGCUGCUUCCGAUGCACGUAAAAAUCGUUUAUUAGCAAUGCAAGAUCAAUUCCGGCAAAUUGAAGAAUUAUAUUUAACAUUUGCUAAAAAGGCUUCUGCUUUCAAUUCAUGGUUUGAAAAUGCUGAAGAAGAUUUAACUGAUCCAGUACGAUGCAAUUCUAUUGAAGAAAUACGUGCACUACGUGAGGCACAUGCCCAGUUUCAAGCUUCUCUAUCAUCGGCGGAAGCCGAUUUUAAGGCUUUAGCGGCCCUUGAUCAGAAAAUUAAAAGUUUUAAUGUUGGUCCAAACCCAUACACUUGGUUUACAAUGGAGGCUUUAGAGGAAACUUGGAGAAAUUUGCAGAAAAUUAUUGAAGAACGCGACGGUGAGCUGGCAAAAGAAGCUCAACGACAGGAAGAAAAUGAUAAAUUACGUAAAGAAUUCGCUAAACAUGCUAAUCUAUUCCAUCAAUGGUUGACAGAAACAAGGUUUUACAUGCUCGGUUAUAAUAAAUAUGGAACUUCAAUGAUGGAAGGUUCAGGUUCAUUAGAACAACAACUUGAAGCACUUCGAAUCAAAGCAACAGAAGUUCGCGCACGUCGUGGGGAUUUAAAGAAAAUUGAAGAAUUGGGUGCUCUUCUUGAAGAGCAUCUCAUUUUGGAUAAUCGGUACACGGAACAUUCAACAGUGGGUUUAGCUCAACAAUGGGAUCAAUUAGAUCAAUUAUCAAUGAGAAUGCAACACAACUUAGAACAACAGAUCCAAGCUAGAAAUCAUUCCGGUGUAUCAGAAGAUUCCCUAAAAGAAUUCUCGAUGAUGUUUAAACACUUUGACAAAGACAAGAGUGGCAAAUUAAAUCACCAAGAAUUCAAAUCGUGCUUACGAGCUCUUGGUUACGACUUACCUAUGGUAGAAGAAGGACAACCAGACCCUGAGUUUGAGGCUAUAUUAGAUAUAGUUGACAAUACGCGAGAUGGAUACGUAUCACUACAAGAAUAUAUCGCAUUCAUGAUAUCGAAAGAAACCGAAAAUGUUCAAAGUUAUGAAGAAAUCGAAAAUGCCUUCCGAGCUAUUACGGCUUCAGAUAGGCCAUACGUAACUAAAGAAGAGCUCUAUAGUAAUCUUACAAGAGAAAUGGCAGAUUACUGUGUUCAACGAAUGAAACCAUAUAACGACCCUAAAACGGGUCAUCCAAUAAGAGACGCACUGGAUUAUAUUGAUUUUACAAGAACGCUUUUCCAAAAUUAAGCUUUGCAGAAAAAGUCGAAUGAAGAAAUUUGUUGCGUUUUAUAAGAUCACAUUUUAAAUUUUAUAUUUAACUUUUAAUUAUAAGAAUAACUAUAAAAAUUCAUAUUUAAAUCAAAGAAAUAAUAUUUACAUAAAAGAAGCUUUUUUCUAUAUUUAUUUAUAUAUAUUUGCAUUUAAUGUACUUUGCUAAUUUAAAUAUUUUAAAAGGUAUUUUAAAGUGGUUGGUUUUAAAACAUAUAUGGCUGCUUCCAAUAACCAAGAAAAUUUCGCUUUUAAGACAUCUGCUAACAUAGGUUUGUCUUAGAGACUUAUCGUGGCUGAAAUUUGGUUGUAUAAGGAACUUUUUCCCGUCUUUUAAUAUACAAAUAAUGUUUUAAUAGAGCUUCUGAGAUACCACUUGAGAAAGGCGAAAUACAAAUUGAUUGUUUGAUUGUAAAGUAUAUAAACCCAAGUUAUUUAAAUAAAAAAUGUUUAAAUGCAUUAUAAAAUAUA